AUGUCCAAGCCAUUCUUCAAACCAUCAGCUUUAGCACAAAAAGCAGAGAAAAUGUGGUCAGAAAGCAAGUCAGACUACUCGGCUACUCAUUCCACUGUGACACAUGUUCAUCUGGAUAAGAAAUCGUUAGGAGAUAUUAUUCCAAAAAAUACUUCUGCCUCGAAAGAGAAGGAGGUUGAAGAGGCUGCUGCUCCCCAAUUCGUUUUCGGAUCCAAAAUUGCUGAUAGAGUUGUGAAACAGGACGGAGAAGCUUCGAAGUCUGGCGAAUCCGAAGAGAAAACAAUGACGGCAACCGAGCUCUUCAAAACUGCCGUCAAAAAAGAUGACGAGAAAAAUGGAGCGAAAAACUUCAGAGAAGAAGCUGAACAAGAAGCGGAAAGAGCAAAAGAAGCCGAGAAGCAACACGCUGGAACAAGUGCUGUUGAAAUUACCACUGGAGAGGAAAAUGAUACGAAUAUCUUCCAGGCUCCAUGCAAAAUUUGGGCAUUCGAUAAAGCACGCAAUGCGUAUUCCGAGAAAGGAGUUUGCACUCUUCGAAUCAACAAACGUGUGGAAAAGGGCCUGACGCAUCAUCGUAUUGUUGCGAGAACGUCAUCUGGUACUCUCCGCGUCAUCAUUAACUCAAAAAUCUUCUCAGAUAUGCUCUUGGAACGGGUUGACAAACGUGUCAGGAUUUCUGCAAUGGGACCUGAAAUCAGUGGUGUUCAGAUCUUCCUUCUAAAAAUAGGCUUCACGAAAACCGAAACGAUCCCAGAUUCUGAGAUUUUCUAUAACAUAAUGAGUGAUUUGCUGAAAUUGGAGAAAGGAGAGAAUUGCCGAAAGAGAAAAGCUGAUUGUGAUCUGAAUGCUUCAACAGUAAAAAUCAAGGAUGGUAAAGAAGAUGAUAAUGAACAAGAUCAAGUUGAUGAAGGAUUCGUUAUCGUCAACAAACCUACUGAUGAAGAGGUCAACGAGACCGUAACGGCACAAGAAGAAGCACAAGAAGAAUCGACUUCCGAAGCUACUACUCCUGCUGAAGAAACAACUUCCGAUGCUACUACUCCUGCUGAAGAAUCAACUUCCGAUGCUACUACUCCUGCUGAAUAA